AAAACAAUCACCACCACCCCUGAGGGGCAGUACCACCCACUUUGGGAAUCACUUCCCUGUGGUAGUUUGCUAUGAAUGGAAUGGCACAAAAGUGGACUUUCUCAGUGGUGGCACCUGAGGUUUCGAAUAUCCUCAUACAUGUGGUUUCAGAGGAACUGGUGACAAUUUUAUAAUUUCUCUUGAAAACAUAUUUGUCACAUGGAAUUUAACUAUUACUUUAAUUAUUAUUUACCUUGCUUUUAUGUAUAUAUUUUAUUGUGAAUUUCUCGGGCAUUUUAGCAUAUUAAGAGGUAUAAAAGCAUUGUCAAUAAAUAUAUAUAAAAUUCAUAUUUUUAGUAUUGUAUACAUAAAUGGAUUAUAUAUUAGGCUUGAAUGGUAUGCUUGCUUUCCCAGGUACUGAGACCAUUAUUAGCUCCAAAUUCAAGUGUGAAUAACUGUGUUUCUUGUGGCCAAAUCAAAGGAAUUAUUAACAGUUCUCCAGAAUCGCAACCAUUAUCAGGCAGCUUUGGCGAACCUUGCAAUGGUAUCAGCACUUUACCUCAGGAUAGUGCUUCGGUAUGUGAUGAAUCUGCUGAGGUCAGAGAAGCAGUUGUUAGCAUUACAACUAAUAGCGCAGAAGAAGCAGUUUUUCAAAAUUCAGAUGGAGAAACCAGCCACAACCUGGCAGUUUCACAAAAUGCAGUGGAACAACCCACCUGCUCACACAGAAAUUAUUCCAAUCCUCAAGUGAUAAUCUGUCAGCUGAAGGGUGGUACUCAUAUACUCUGUAUAAACAAUACAGACACUAGAGAAUUGAAAGCAGUUCAUUUGGUCCCCCAGCAUCAAGAGCAGCUUAAGUAUUUUCAGCCAGGUAUGAAGAUGUUAGAAAAUAGAGAUUUCUUAUUAGAGGCAAAUAACUCUGUAACAUCUAUACUGGGACAAUUUUUGCCACUUGAGGGUAAACUGAAUGUCUGUGCACAAGAGCUUGAUAAGGGUUCUAUGCAUACAUGCCAUCCAGAUGCCAAUCUUCAAGAACAAACAAAAAUGACUUUACUUGGGAUUCCUUGUAGUUCCUGGGAUGCAAAGUCAAAAAAGCCAUGCAACUGCACAAAAUCACAGUGCCUCAAAUUAUACUGCGAUUGUUUUGCCAAUGGUGAUUUCUGCAGUAACUGCAACUGCAAUAAUUGUUAUAAUAAUCCACAACAUGAAAUAGAACGGUUUAAGGCAAUUAAGGUAAUAUAGUUAUGCUCCGCCUGUCUUGACAGAAAUCCAGAAGCUUUCCUGCCAAAGAUUGGAAAGGGGAAACUCGGCGAUAUCAAACCCAGGCAUAAUAAAGGAUGUAAUUGUAAGCGUUCAGGAUGCCUAAAGAAUUACUGUGAAUGCUUUGAGGCUAAAAUUAUGUGUUCGUCUAUCUGCAAAUGUGUUGGCUGCAAAAAUUAUGAAGAAAGCCCAGAUCGCAAAACACUAAUGAAUAUGCCAAAUCAUAUGGAGAGUAAAAGUAAUGAAGGAAAUGAUUCACUAUCAUUUUCUAAAUUUGAAAUAUUAUCAAGAAACAGAAAAGACAGGCAAUCUAGUACAUGCAUAUCAUGGGAAGUGGUUGAAGCAACAUGUGCCUGUCUGCUUGCUCAAGCUGAAGAGGCAGAAAAAGAAGCUUAUUCUGUUUUCCUAGCAGAACGAAUGAUCUUAGAAGAAUUUGGGAGAUGCUUAUCACAAAUUCUGCACUCUGAAUUUAAAUCAAAAGGACUGAAAGUUGAUUGAUGUGCUUUAGUUAAAGAUGUACAAUGGGCUGAAAUUUUGCUUGAAACUGCCUUUGACUUUGAUAACACUUAUAAAAAUUAAUUUUAUUUCUUAAUGUCAUGUCUGUCCUAAGUUUUAUUUAAAUCUCAUACUAGUUUACACUAUUGUAUCUAAAAAUUAUAUUGUUUGAAAGGAACAACACAAUCAAAAUAUGUAAACUGGAUCAUUUGGAUUUCUGAAUUUCAUUUCUAGAAUUUUUGUUACUACAGGUCUAAAUAGGAUAACAGCUUAAACAUAGAGGUGGAUUGCUUAAAUUGAAAUGGUUGAUGUAACUGACUUGUUAACCAAAUUUACAUUAUUCCUGAUAUAGUUUUGAUUUAAUUUAACAUCGAAUAGAAGCCCAGAAUUUCAAAUGAAUUCCAAAGAUGUUUCAGUAAAAUAAUUUUGUUUGAAUCCAGUAUUGUUAUUCAUAAUGUCCCAUUAUGUUUAUUCAUUUCACAGACUU